AUGCCUCUCCAGUCCACUCUGUCCGGCCGGGGCUCCGGCUCGGCCCAGGCCGUCGACACUCAGUCGGACGGCAAGUCCUUCAGGGAGCUGAGGCGGGAGUGUCUGCAGGAGGGGGUCCUGUUCGAGGAUCCGGACUUCCCUGCCGCCGACUCCUCGCUCUUCUUCAGCCAGAGCGUUCCCGUCCAGAUCGAAUGGAAGAGGCCCAAGGAGCUCUGCGACAACCCAAAGUUCAUCGUGGGUGACGCGGACAGGACAGACAUUUGCCAGGGACAACUCGGCGACUGCUGGCUCCUGGCGGCCAUCGCAUCCCUGACCCUCAAAAAGGACGCACUGGCCCGAGUCGUCCCCCCUGACCAGGAGUUUGACCACAGAUACGCCGGCAUCUUUCACUUCCAGUUCUGGCAGCACAACAGAUGGCUUGACGUGGUGGUGGACGACAGGCUGCCGUCGGUGAGAAAUGAGCUCAUCAUGCUCCACUCUGCCUCCAACAACGAGUUCUGGAGCGCCCUCCUGGAGAAAGCCUACGCCAAACUUCACGGCAGCUACGAGUCCCUGAAGGGCGGCAGCACAAUGGAGGCCAUGGAGGACUUUACCGGCGGCGUUGGGGAAAUGUACGAAACCAAGAGCGCUCCAAACAACCUGUUCGCGAUCAUGAAGAAGGCCCUGGACAGAGGCUCCAUGAUGGGCUGCUCUAUUGAAAUCACCAGCUCUGCUGAGUCCGAGGCCAAAACGAGCACCGGCCUAGUGAAGGGACAUGCAUACUCCAUCACAGGCCUGGAGGAGGUGAACGUCAGAGGUCAGAAAGUCCAGCUGAUCCGGAUCAGAAACCCCUGGGGUCAGGUGGAGUGGAACGGCCCCUGGAGUGACAAUUCCAGAGAGUGGAAUUAUGUGGACAGAGCAGAAAAAACUCGCAUCCUGCAGAACUCAAGAGACGACGGUGAAUUCUGGAUGGAGUUUGAGGACUUCAAGAGGAACUACGACAAGGUGGAGAUCUGCAACAUGACCCCGGACUCCCUGAGCGACAACACAAAGCGCCACUGGGAAGUCAGCAUGUUCGAGGGAAACUGGAUCCGCGGCUCCACCGCUGGAGGCUGCAGGAACUACAUCGACACGUUCUGGACCAACCCGCAGUUCAAGCUGCAGCUGGAGGACGCCGAUGACGACGACGACGUGUGCAGCGUGGUGGUCGCGCUGAUGCAGAAGAACAGACGAAAGCUGAGGAAGGAAGGCAUGGAACUGGAGACCAUCGGCUUCGCAUUGUACGAGGCUCCAGACGACGAGGACCACCAGGGGAAGGAUUUCUUCCGCUACCAUUCAUCCAAGGCUCGUAGCAGGGCCUACAUCAACAUGCGGGAGGUGUCGGAGCGUUUCACGCUGCCUCCUGGAAAAUACCUGCUGGUCCCCACCACCUUCCAGCCCCACCACGAGGCCGACUUCGUCAUCAGGGUCUUCUCCGAGAAACAGGCUGCAGCUCUGGAGAUGGGAGGCAACAUUGACGCCGACCUGCCAGAUCCGCCCAUGCCCAGUCCCCCAGAGGAGGAAACCGACGAGGAGAAAGGCCUGAGGAGGCUGUUUGAACAGCUGGCCGGUGAGGACAAGGCCAUCUCUGUCAGGGAGCUUCAGCAGAUGCUCAACGGCGUUCUCAGGAGACGUAAGGAGAUCAAAUUUGACGGCCUGAGUCUCAGCAGCUGCCACAGUAUCAUCAACCUGAUGGACGUGGACAACACGGGCAAGCUGGAGUUCAACGAGUUUAAGGUCUUCUGGGAAAAGAUGAAGAAGUGGAUCAUGCUCUUCCUGUCCUUCGACACCGACCGGUCAGGGAAGAUGUCGUCCUACGAGCUUCGCAUCGCCCUCAAAGCUGCAGGCAUGCACCUGAACAACCAGCUCCUGCAGCUGGUCGGCCUGAGGUUUGCUGACGCCAACUACGACAUCGACUUCGACGACUACCUCACCUGCAUCGUCCGUCUGGAGAACAUGUUCAGAGCUUUCCAGGCUAUGGACAAGUUCAAGAGAGGGCGGGUGAAGAUGAACAUCAUGCAGUUCCUGAUGUUGUCGAUGAACGUCUGAGGAGAAGCCGAGAGCAAACCCGAAGGCGCCAGAAGAACAGCGGGCGGCGGACAGUCUCCGAGUGUCCAGGCCCUAAUGAUGCAAACACACAUUUUCUUUUUCUUGUUUUAAGCUCGGAACACCUGCCCAUUUUAAAUGCCGCCAUUUUGGCGAUUAAUGCGAGAUGCCUCCUGAGCUAAAG